AACGAACAGUAUAACGAUCACCUGCCUGUGUCACCCAUUCGUCUGAUCUGAUUAUGUGGUUGUCAACAAUAGCUGUGUUGGUGUAUGCAUCAUUGUCUCAUGCACAUACCUGCAAGUUGUCUUCGGAUCUGGUCAAAGAAAUUCGUUCUUAUCAAGGAACAGUUAAUCAGAUCAUAAAUGCAACCACAAAAGGGCUAUUCAAGGGCAAAACCUACGAUGAACUGGCGUAUUUUGUUGAUAAAUUUGGAGCCAGACAAUCAGGAAGCCAGGCACUGGAAGAUUCAAUAGAGUAUUUACUGGAUCUGAUGCAAUCGACAGGAUAUGACCUAGAAAACGUUCAUGGAGAAAAUGUUACAAUUCCGCAUUGGAUUAGAGGAACUCAAACAUGUGAAAUGCUGUCGCCAAGAAGAACCAACAUUCCAGUACUGACCCUCGGUGGUUCUGUAUCCACAUCAGCCAAUGGAGUCGAGGCGGAAGCAAUCGUCGUUAAAGACUUCGAUGAUUUGGACAGAGUUUCUGAAAAAGUUAAAGGAAAAAUUGUGGUGUACAACUACGAAUAUGUUAAUUAUUUUGCAAAUGUAGAAUACAGGUCUAAUGGACCAAGUAAGGCAGCUAAGUAUGGAGCAAUAGCAACCUUGAUAAGGUCUGUAACGCCAUUUUCCUUAAAUACACUCCAUACUGGUCUAACUGAAUACGAAGACUCCAUACCCAAGAUUGCAGCAGCUUCAAUAACAAUAGAAGAUGCUCGUAUGCUCCAAAGAAUACAGGAUCGUGGUGACAAAAUAGUAUUAAAACUCAACAUCCAAACCCAAAAUUUGGAUCCAGUUACAUCGAGAAACGUCGUUGCAGAAAUUAAGGGAUCGAGAGAUCCCGAAAAAGUAGUUCUUGUAUCUGGCCAUAUUGACAGUUGGGACGUAGGUGUAGGAGCUUUGGACGAUGGAGGUGGUGCUUUUAUUUCUUGGUAUGCGUUGCGCGUACUUAAAGCUCUUGGUUUAAAACCAAAAAGGACUCUAAGAUCUGUCCUUUGGACAGCUGAAGAAGAGGGACUGAUUGGAGUCCAAGCCUAUGACAAAGCCCACAAAGACGAAUUGGACAAACAUAUUUUUGUAAUGGAAUCUGAUGAAGGAGUUUUUACACCUUUAGGUCUAGAAUACGUCGCUGGUCAUGAGGGAGAAUGUAUUUUGAAGGAAGUACUAAAGUUACUGGCUCCAAUAAAUGCAACACAGACCAAAUUAGUCGAUUCCGCAGGAUCCGAUAUUACAAUAUGGAAGAACAUUUUACCAACUGCAACUUUGCUAAAUCGAAAUGAAAAUUACUUUUGGUAUCAUCACACUGAGGCGGACACCAUGGACGUGUUUGAUCCUGCAGCCUUAGAUAGAGCCACAGCGUUAUGGGCUUCCGUAGCAUACGUACUUGCUGAUCUGAAUAAAGAUUUCCCCAGACAAGUACCAAAAUAGUGUACACCAUCAGUACUGAACGUUUAGACUUUUAGUUUAAUUUGUUUGUAUAUCAAUAUAUUUUAAAAGCAUCA